CCCACCCGCCGCCCGGCCAAGUUUAAACACCCCCCCGCGCCCAGCCCGCCCGAGUUCGGGGAGUUGCGCGGGGCCGCUGGGGAGGCGGGGGCGGCUGCCGGAGGGAGCCCCGGCGCUGCCUAUGAGGGCGCCGCGGGGCCGGGGGAGCCAUGGACGUUGUCGGGGCGCCGCCCGCCCUGGAGAAGAACGCGGCGGAGCUGACGGUCAUGGACGUGUACGACAUCGCCUCCGCCGUGGGGCAGGAGUUUGAGCGGGUGAUCGAUCAGCACGGCUGCGAGGCCAUCGCCCGCCUCAUGCCCAAGGUGGUGCGGGUGCUGGAGAUCCUGGAGGUGCUGGUGAGCCGCAACCACAUCAACCCCGAGAUGGAGGAGCUGCGCCUGGAGCUCGACCGCCUGCGCCUGGAGAGGAUGGACCGCAUCGAGAAGGAGCGGAAGCACCAGAAGGAAUUAGAGCUGGUGGAGGAUGUCUGGAGAGGGGAAGCACAGGACCUUCUUACCCAAAUUGCACAGCUGCAGGAGGAGAAUAAACAACUGAUGACAAACUUGUCUCACAAAGACAUUAAUUUCACAGAAGAGGAAUUUCAGAAGCAUGAAGGAAUGUCAGAGAGAGAGCGACAAGUCAUGAAGAAGCUGAAGGAAGUGGUAGAUAAACAGAGGGACGAAAUCAGAGCAAAGGACCGGGAACUUGGACUUAAAAAUGAGGAUGUAGAGGCUCUUCAGCAGCAACAGAACAGGUUAAUGAAAAUUAACCACGACCUGCGGCACCGGAUCACCGUCGUUGAGGCUCAGGGGAAGGCGCUGAUUGAGCAGAAGGUGGAGUUAGAGGCUUAUCUGCAAACCAAGGAGCAGGAGAUGGGCAACCUGCGAGCAGAGCUGGGGAAGCUGCGAGAAAAACUGCAGGGUGAGGACAGCCAAAACGGGGAGGAAGAAAAGGUAGAACCAAACAACGAUGACUGCCUCUCAGAGUCAGAAAAGAUGGCAAUGGACCUAAAAGAUCCGAAUCGUCCAAGAUUCACCCUGCAGGAGCUCCGGGAUGUCCUUCAUGAGAGGAAUGAAUUGAAAUCUAAAGUGUUUUUACUUCAAGAGGAGCUUUUAUAUUACAAAAGUGAGGAAACAGAAGAAGAAACCAGAUCCCCUCAACCUACACCCAUAAUUCAGUCAAAACCCUCAACUCAGCCUGAAUCUGGAAUCAAACGCCUUCCACAGUUCAAAAAACUAUUUGGCACAAGGGAGAACCUCUGAGGAGAAUCCUUAGAAAAACAGAGGGUGUUCCAGGUUUAGUUUCUUCUCUCGUGAUAAGAAGCGUAUGCAGGCGUCACAGAAACACGUCCACUUCCAGGAUACCUUUGGAGAUUGGUCAAAUUCCAAUAAAGAUGACUCCUACACCGAACAAGGACAAGAAGCCCUGCAGCAUCUGUGACUAAAACCUCGAGGUGUUGAGUUUACCGCAGUAGGGCUCGACAGUCCGGUGACAAGAAGCUGCUGUAAACAAAUGGGGCAGCUCAUCGCUUUUCUUCGCCUCGCGCACCUCGGUGGCUGCGGCUCAGAUGUACUGCUCAACAGGAAUCCCUCCCUGGUUACUUGGUGACUGUUUGCUGAAAACAGAAUCCAAGCUUUGUAGGAAUAGUCACCGAUACCCUGGGACAUCGAAGCUUUUAGAUGACUUGUGCUGAAUAACAAGUCGAUGGUCUUGUUCAUGCAUUAACUACAGUAACACAAGCUUCUUUAAACCAAAAAAAAAGGACCUGUGCCAUUAUUGGAAGUUUGUUUGCAGUGUACAAUAUCUAGUGACAAAGACUCUUUUACCCUGUUUGUUAACACUACCGGUUGUUUGCUUUUUAUUUCUGUAAGAAUUUUUUCAAGAGGGACACGACAGCUGGCCGCUCCCCAUGGCAGGUCUUAGCGCUGCUGGGUCCCCCGAAGUUCAGCUGGCGUCUGCAUUUUGCAGAGCGACCGCUUGGAAAUCCACCUGACACACACUGAUAAACUGGAGUAGCCUUGAGAGGGACAGCGAGUGUACAUUUCCCUUUCUGCUUAUAGUGCCUAAAGCAUGAAGAAACCAAUGUAUGAGGUGAGCGUGCCUUGCAUUUUGUCAUGAGUUCUGCAGUACUAAUGGAAAUGGCUUACCAGGAGGAAUUCUAACACUUGCAUUUUUUCCUUCUUACCAGGGACUUCCCCCUAGAGUGGCAGCAGCUGCUGUCAAGGAACGAGGUCUCUUUCCCACAGGCAGGUUUUUAAUUAAGUCACACGCCACUUUUCUGUCUAGGUGAGACUGCCUAGUUCAGAGUGACAGAUCCUCAACUACCUGACAUCAACUAUUGUAACUGACUUAGAGAUGACCCCAAUUCCAAAUGUUUUUUCUGACUGAACGCUACCUGGGGAGGUGCUGAGGCCACUCUGUGAACUCGGCCAUGUAGGAGGGUCGGCGCUGGAGCGCGGUGCCGCUGGUGAGGGGUAGCUGGUUGUGGCGAGGCUGUAGGUGACUUUGCACGUGUGGCUCAGUGUGGGAGCUGUGAGCUGCUGCUGGCACCUUCCCCAGCGACUCCACCUGCUCUGCAUCGAGCCUCUUCUCAGGAGCAGCACUAAGGGCAGAAAACAACGCUUAGGCUGGAGUAAAGCUCCAGCUACUCCAGGUACGGAAGUCUUGAAUGACAGCAAGAGAGAGGCUUUGGUGCAGGCCAGUUUUUAACACAGGAUAAUCCAAGACUCUGGAUUUUUUAAUGCAUAUGGGCAGCAAAUGGUAUCAGCCUGUCUAUAAUGUCCCAGCCAGGAGACUGGUUUUGCAGCGGUGGGCUGAGCGCUGCUCUGCUCCAAACCGUAACUGUGCUGUGCUUGAACACGGACCUUCUGUGUGCUCUGGGUAGAGAAGAUGUUUCCUGCACGUCCCUGGCGUCACAGCCGUGCAGGGCAGGGAGGAAACAUGGCCUUAGAUGAAAGGCAUCUGAGAUAGUGACGGCAGCGUCUGGUGCUCGGUGAAGCAGAUAUGCUGUCGUCUGGUUACGUUUUGGUAACAGGAGUUUUAUGCUUAUAGCAGCUAUAUCCAUAAAACAGCAGCACUUCCCCCACCGUGUGCGAAAAGCAAUUCUUAAAUGGGGGGAGUGUCUUAAUUUAAUCAUGCUUAAGUUGCUAAGAUCUCAAUUUCACUUCCAUAUUAAAAAAAAAAAUACACUACAGUUGUAUCAGGCAGUUAAAGUGUGAAUUGUGAGCGACACCCAUUGGGUCUCUCCCUAACACAGUUCAGUCGUUUGGCACGUUUAGGAGAGACGCAGCGAUCAGAAACAAUGCCAGAAUGCUGUGGGUGCACGGCCUGAGUAAGCACAUCGCUUUUGAGAUCAGCUGAGAGCAACGCACCGGGAUAAUAGAAACACACAGACAACUGUUUUCCCUGGCGCCUAAGCCGUGUUGCAUAAAGCACGUCUCCCUGCAAAGCCGAUCCCGGACACCAGAGCCCCACGCGCUGUCGCGGGUCAGACUGUGGCCAGUUCCACGCAAUGGCACGAGCAGCACGACCUUUCCCACCCAGCUCUGCAACCUCAAAAACCUAAUAAGUUGCUCCUGCCCUGCUGGUAUUAACCACUUCACUCCUCAGUCUCAUGUUUGAAAUGCUGAGUUUAUACACUCCAAGUGCCAUCAGAAAGGGCGGCAUGUAGGGAAGAGUAUGUAAAGAUCUGAAGAUCUGUCACGUUGUUUCUUAAUGCUCAAAUAAAAUCUGCUUUUGGAAAAAGGGGCCAGGAUGUUGUCAGGUAUGGGGCGUAACAAUCCUGUCUGCAAAGUGCAGGAUCACUGAAGUUUUUUGGGUUGGUUUCUUUGGGUUUUUUUCUGGUUGGGCAGUAAAACAUUUUAACAGUUUAAUAAAUAUUUCUGAAAAACAAGUA